AUGGCGGCAGGCCCGCCCACCGUCGAAGAUCAGGGCCGAUUGCUGGAGGAAGCGCUAGGAGUCGUGCGUCAACAGUCACAACAGAUGCGCAGAUGUUUAGAGACCCCUGGCAAGCUCAUGGACGCUCUGAAAUGCGGGUCCACCCUCGUAUCUGAGCUGCGAACACCUACUCUUGGACCAAAGCAAUACUAUGAGUUGUACAUGGCUGUCUUUGAUGCUUUGCGGCAUCUGUCCGACUACCUCCGCGACUCUCACCCGGUCAAUCAUCUCGCCGACCUUUACGAACUCGUUCAGUAUGCAGGCAACAUCAUACCAAGAUUGUACCUUAUGAUUACCGUGGGGACGGUUUACAUGGCGGUCGAAGAUGCCCCCGUCAAGGAGAUUAUGAAGGAUAUGAUGGAAAUGAGUCGUGGUGUCCAGCAUCCCAUCCGAGGACUUUUUCUCCGUUACUAUCUGAGCGGACAGGCGCGAGACCAUCUCCCAACGGGGAAGGAGGAGGGCCCCCAAGGCAACCUUCAGGACUCCAUCAAUUUCAUCCUCACAAAUUUCGUGGAAAUGAACAAAUUAUGGGUGCGCUGGCAACACCAGGGUCAUUCCAGAGAAAGAGAACAGAGAACUCAAGAGCGAAGAGAACUGGAACUCCUGGUGGGAAGCAACUUGGUGAGACUCAGUCAAUUGGUCGAUUUGGAGACCUACAAAACCACCAUUAUUGCCCCGCUGUUGGAACAAGUUGUCCAAUGUCGAGAUGUGCUGGCUCAAGAAUAUUUGCUCGAAGUCAUCACCAAAGUCUUCCCGGACGAGUAUCAUCUUCACACUCUAGAUCAAAUGCUCUCUGCAAUCGCAAGACUGAACCCUCACGUCGAUAUGAAGAAAAUUGUCAUUGGUCUGAUGGAUCGCCUGUCAACAUACGCCCAGAGAGAAUCCGAAGGAGCCCCGGCGGAGGAAAAGCGUAAGGCUGAAGAAGAGGCGGCAAUUCGAAUGCUUGAGAAAGUCGAUCUUAAUCACGAACCUAAACCUGCUCCCGCAGCUGAACCAGAAAUCCCAAAGACCAACGGCACGGAUCCCAAAUCACCGACCGAAACGCAACCAAGUGAGUCUGAGCCGGCAACCCCGGCGACUCCGGCAACCAAUGGAGAUAAGACUGGCUCUGGAAUUGGAGACGUCAAACUUUUUGAAAUCUUCUACGAACAGGUCGUGAAUCUGGUGAAAUCUCGAGGUCUCCCUAUUCAGGACACGAUGGCUCUCUUGACUUCUCUUGCCAAUCUUGCCCUGAGUAUUUAUCCGGACAGACUGGAGUACGUCGACCAAAUUCUGGCGUAUGCCCGUGAAAAAAGUGCCGAAUACAUGGAUUCUGCCGAUCUUCAUUCCGCCACCACACAAGCAAAUAUGCUCAAUCUCCUUCUCUCGCCAAUUCGGACAUACUUCUCUCUCUUCACUGCGUUAGCCCUUCCUAAUUACCUUCCAUUAUAUCAAUCACAAACCUACGCCACCAGACGAGCCGUUGCUGGCGACGUGGCCAAGAACAUACUCCGAAACCGAAUCAAGAUUACGACAACACAGCAUUUGGAAGGCAUUUUGUCACUACUAAAGGUCAUCAUCAAGGAAGGAAUUCAGCAACCAGGCGGUUACCCUGGCCUGAACCGCCAGAGGGGCGGAGAGUCGGACGAGACCGUAGAAGAACAAGGCUGGCUCGCGAGGAUAGUCCACUUCAUCCAGGGACCAGACAAUGACACUCAACUCAAGCUGCUGCAACAAACACGGAAAGCUUAUGAAGCCGGUAACGAGAGGAUAAAAUACACCACUCCAGCCAUCAUUACGGCUUCGAUGAAGUCGGCACGAAAAUUCAAAUCUCGAGAACACUUCGACGAUAAUUGGCAAAAUCAAUCGUCCGCUCUAUACCGAUUCAUGCAUCAGACCCUCUCUCAGUUGUAUACGCGCGUCAACCCUGCUGCAGCCGAGCUGUGUCUUCGACUCUUUGUUUCUUGUGGUCAAAUUGCGGACCAGUGUGGAUUUGAGGAAUUUGCAUAUGAGUUUUUUGCACAAGCGUUUACCAUCUACGAGGACAGCAUCAGCGACUCUAGGGCGCAAUUCCAAGCUGUUUGCAUUAUUGCCGGAGCCCUGCAGAUGACCCGAGGUUUCGGAAAGGAGAACUACGACACUUUGAUUACCAAGGCGGCGCUACAUGGAAGCAAAUUGUUGAAGAAGCCAGACCAAUGUCGUGCGGUGUAUUUGGCAAGUCACCUUUGGUGGUGUGUGGAGAUCCCUGGCCGGGAAGAGGAUCCCAAGACGUUCUACCGCGAUGGUAAGCGUGUUUUGGAAUGCCUUCAGAGAGCACUACGUGUUGCGGAUGCUUGCAUGGACACCGCCGUGUCGGUUGAGUUGUUCGUCGAGAUUCUAAACAGAUAUGUGUAUUAUUUCGACCAGCAAAACGAGACCGUAACAACCAAAUAUCUGAAUGGGCUUAUUGAAUUGAUCCAUUCCAACUUGUCUACUACCAAUGCAGAGGGAAAUAGUCAAUCCAUGGAGAAUCCGAAACGCCAUUUCUUCAGGACCUUGGAGUAUAUCAAGUCGAGGGAAUACGAGGGCGUGGUCACGGAAGCAAGACAGUGA